AUGGCGGGGAAGGAGAUGGAGACGCAGCGUACGCCACGGACUAUGGAGGGUGCCCGCGAGGCCGAGAGUGACCGGAGGGAUGGCGCGGGCCCGUCUGGAGCAGGGGAGGUGAUGGGUGAGGUGCAGCGAGGGAAGGGUGUGGAGAUGGUGGAUGGGCCGGAGGGAACGGGGAGGGAGGAGCGAAGAAGACGAGGGGAAGCGCCGGGAGGAUGGGGAGGGAGUGCCCCCGAGCAGAGUACGGGGGAAGGAGCAGGAGGGUUGCCAGCAAGCCAGGGGCCGCGGGAGGGACAGUGGAGGGAGAGGACAGCGAACGCUGGCCCGGUGGGAGCGGGGAGACCCAGCGGAGGAGCGGGGAGGUGGCGCAGUGGAGCCGGGGCGGGCUUGACGCCAACGCACGCCAGGAGGCACAACUGCGUAAGGGUGGAAUUCAAGGACAACGUGGAAGAGGAGGUGACUCUGGAUAGAACAACUUUUGUGAGGACGGUGAUGCUCGGGAUACUGCGGGUGGAAGUGGCGGAUCUCUACUGCCUGAUUGCUCUGCCAGGGGGGAGAGCGUUUGACGUGAGCUUUAAUUCAAAUCUCCAGCUGCAGAAUUUUCUCACCCGCUUCGAGGAGAGGGCAGGGGAGAAGCCCCUGACAUCCAUGAGGACGCGGCUGCUGUCAGACCUGGAAACGAAGGUUGUAACCGUCUUCCUGUACAACGAGGCGCUACAUGACCAGGAUGUGGAGGUGUGGCUGAGGCAGCACUGCGUGUUGUUGUCUGGCUGCAAGAGGGUGCAGGACACGGCGGGGAUACGGACGGGGGCCAGGCAGUGGAGGGUGCACCUGAAGACGGAGGGGGGGUGGCUCUGA